AUGCAUCUCUUCAAUACUCUUACUGCGUUUGCUACUAUCAUCACCAGCACAAUGUCGCAGAGUACACCAGCACCGCCUCAAAUGACUUUGAUCUAUCACAUGGAAGCAGACCUGGGGGAACGAUUUUCGCUAGGCUCUAUUCCAACUGGGCAAGAACGCAUUGUCAUUCCCAUUGUUGGAGGCACGUUCAAAGGACCCAGAAUUUCUGGCAAAGUCCUUAACCUUGGUGCGGAUUGGCGCCUGACAGAUGCGCAAGGAAAGUUUCGGCCAGACGCUCGAUACAACAUUCAGACAGAUGACGGUACAUAUAUUUACGUGCAGACUGAAGGCUUGCCCCCUGCUGUGGAUGGCGCACCGUCAAUGUUGCGAGGAAGAUUUGAGACGAGCACGAACGGAACUGCUGCGUGGUUGAAUGAUGUGGCUGCUGUUGGCGUCAUAAGGAGGAACGGCACAUCCAGUGUGUUGAUUGAUAUGUGGCAGCUCACAUCCCACCAUCUACCAACAAGUCCAAUCUCUAUCCAGAUACAUCGCAUUAUAAUGAUGAAUGCGCAACAAUGGCAAAUCCUACCACCCGAUCUGGUGGAGCUUCAAAUUGGCCAGGUCGACCUUUUGCUGGCUAUGUACCCUGAAGAAAUUACUUUCGAUGAAAAUUCUCAAGGAAUACUAGAUAUCUUGCGCGACACCGAUGAUGUCAGGUCUAGAACCGCUGUCAAACUGACUCCAAGUAUCUCGCUCUUCCUUGAUCUGCCGAUCACAAUUGCCGAAGAAGCUGCUCCAGAUUCGAAGUCGUUGCGCUUAGACAUCGGAGUACCGUUUGCGUAUAGUGGGAACGUUGCGCCUUCUGAAUCACCAUCGGUUAAAGUUCGCGUGCAACAACCGAAUUGGAUGAGCAAAGCCGCGACCUCACAGUUGACAGCGGAUAUUCCGGAAGAUGAAGACCUAUUGGGUACCAUUGAGUUCAUUCGAGAAGCGGCAGCCGAAUACCUCGCGAAUAUCGAGACGAAGGAUAUGACCCUAGACACCGCCACCGUGGACUCCGGACCGCUGGUAAGAGUGUGGUUCUAUUUUCCGUCGAUCAGUACGCGUUCCAAGCGCGACGACUUCAUCAAGUACGCGCCGUCCUACCAGCUAACCGGCUUCCUCUAUGCUGGCAAACCCGGUCUACUCUGCGUCGAAGGUGGGUCGCAAAGCAUCGAUGACUACAUGAAAUUCAUCAAGACGGAAAGCUGGGGCGAUAUACCCGCACAUCACAAGAAGGUUAGCGAGCGUCAUCGAGAAAAGUGCGAGAAGAGGGUGUUUUCAGAAAUGACCGAAAUUACAGAUACGGUUGGUGAAAGACGCGGCCAAAGAGCGAACAGAGGGGAUAUGAAGGCGAUUGAAGAGUGGCUUGUGGAAAGAGGCCUCGGUGACGCUUUUACCAAGGUUUUGAUGUAG